AUGUUCGUUUUCAGCUUCGCUGUGGAGCCUGAAGACUCACCCCUGUGGAACUAUAUCAAGUUAUCCAAGAUUGAAGACUACUUCGAUGUCAUAUCGGUUCACUUUGGACAUCCGGGACCUACCGACGAGAGCGUUAUUAAUGACACGGUCGCACGCAAAACUGUUGAUUACCUCAUCAACCUCGGGAUACCACCUCAAAAACUGGAACUCUCAGUUGAAACUCUCGGCUUCAUGGAGAGGACUAAUCAACCCCUCUCUUACAACGAACUGAUCGAGAAGGGUGCGCCUCCCUACUCGGACGGUCACUUCGAUGGCUAUAUCUACCAGUCACAGAAACAAGUUGUGGAGAAGACUCGUAUCAUUGAGGAAAAGACUUUGUACGGGUUCAGUUUGCAGACCAUCCUGUAUGACUUGCCCGCCAAGGAUAAUUCUUCUUUAUUUCAUGCUGCAUUUUACUACUCAUGA